CUUUUCAUGGCAGCUGCUCAGUUCCCUCCCUCUCCCGUGUCAUCGGAUGAUGCCUUGGUACAUGAGGCUGAGGAGAGCAAUGUUGUACCCAACCAUACUGUCGACAUAGGGAAAGUGUCAGCAACGUCAAAUGGCAAAACGUCUGAACCUGUCCAAUACGAGAGACGACUUGGAGAGAGCGAACUGUCCUACUACCUUCCUUCGCGAGCUACAGGUGUAAAUGACAUGUAUCUUCAUCUGGAUUUUCGUGCCCCCGAGCAUCUUCUUCGCCAUGCUCGCGUUCGUAUGGUAUGGGCUAUCCUAAGAGGUCGCCAUCCUCUCCUUGCCUCAAGGGUGCACAUGUAUGAAUACAACGAUGUGAGAUUCAUCUAUACCCCACCACAGUCUCCAGAAGAUGCUUUAAUAAGUGCAGACAACGACCUAGAAUAUAAAUCUAAUACCACAAGGAAUGAACUCCUCGAUAUCUAUCUUAACGGACCACGCAUAUUAUCCGAUAGCCGCCCCUCAUAUCUCAUCAUUUCCCAGUCAGAAGCCUCAACAUUCCUUCCCAGUCCUCCAAUGACGCCUCAUCCAAGUUCACCAACUUCUGAUAAGCAAGAGGCACCACUGAAAAACUAUGAUAUGAUGAUAUGCGCCACUCAUUUUUUGGGUGAUGGCAUGGCAUUGCAUCAAUUUGCAAACGACUUAUUUGGUCUUCUCGGUAGCUCAAAGACCCAAGGUGACCUUGAAGCACUUUUGAACGAAGAGUGGCAAGCGCGUUGGGCAGGAUCUAUAGCUGAAGAUUCCGUUCUUCCCGAAUCCAUGGAAUAUCGUUUCCCUCCUGAAACCAGCAAAUUUCGUCGAGCUGUAGGAAAGGUGGACUUCCAAAGGAGCCAAGAUGAACUGAUUGGCGGACAAGCAUUCCCUCGGCGAUCUAAGCAACCACGGCAUACCACAGUACAGACCGUAUCAUAUGAUGUGGACCGUACAAAGGCAAUUCUCAAGCGCUGUAAGGCACACGGAGUUUCUGUUUCUGCCGCCCUCUUUGCUAUUUGCAAUAUUGCCUGGGCGCAGCUUUCCCAGGCGAAGAAAGAAUUGCCCACGAUGAUGUAUUCUGCUGUCAAUUUACGCCCGCACUUUACUGUGACAUCCCUUAACGAUUCCUACUGGUUCCUCGCUGUGGGUUAUUUUAACGUCAUUCUUCCUACCUUCAUUCCUCGUUCCGUCGAGCUUUCCACCGUAUUUUGGCAUCGUGCGCGAAUAGCGAAGGAACAGAGCACUCGAGCUGCCAAGAACCCUAUGAUUGUAUCACGUAGUCGUCUGAUGGCCUCCGAACGGGGCCUCCGAGCUCGCAUCUGGGCCAAAGAGGAUGACGACAAGGAUCGCGGCCUCUUCGUCUCCCCACCGCCUGCCUCCACCACUCACGUCAAAGCUGUUCGCGCCCCUUCAACAGCCCUCAUGGGUUUAUCUUUACUAGGUAAUCUGGAUGGCAUCUACAAGUAUGCGUCAUACCCGGAAAUCCAGUUCAAUUCCUUGACGACUGGAUCUCGUCAGCGUUCUGGUGGCAUGCUAUUAUUCUCGUAUACAUUUGCAGGGAAACUGUUCAUCAGUCUCGGUUACGACGAGAAUGGUUUUGAGAAGGCUUGUGUGGAGCGUUUUUGGGAAAAUAUCCUUCAAGCAACGGACGAGUUGAUGGUGAAUUGAUGAAGCAUCUAACGAACAACGCUGAUAUAUCGACCUGUCGCAAACUUAUUCGGGUGCUUUUAUUUUAUUUUAUUGUGGUAUUUUUCCUGCUUUCCAGCUCAGACAGUCCAAGUCAACCUACAUCUGAUAUGUAAAUAAAAGUUACUGUAGAUAGUCCAAUUAUACCUUUGUAGUUCAGACAUCAUUUUACAUUUCCAACCAACGAUGGCGGAUAGCGAUUAUCUUAUUUUCUCACCAUGUAUAUAACCUUCGGCGCUUCACGCGUGUACAUUUGAACGUUAUCGCUGUUUCGUGUCACCAUGACUUCAGGGUUCAGACUACUCCCUUUUGAUAUUUAUUUGCACAUACUCGUGAAGUUUCCUGUCUCGGAUCACUCAGAUGAUAGCGUGAAAACUCUAUCUGCUUGUCUACGAACUAACUCAACACUUCGAGAGGCCGCAUCCUUAUCCAAAGUAUGGGAACCCCACUAUAAAGCUAGAUAUACCGAAUGUGUUACGGCUGAAGAAGAGUUAAGGAAACAAGCUGCAGGUGGUGACUUCAGGCUCAUGUACAUGUACCGACGACGCUUGGAUCAGCAAGCUGUGGAUAUCUUGAAUGGGAUUUUGAUGGAAAGGACUGGUAGGCAAGGAAGAGCAGCGCAACUGGCGAUUUCGUUGUCCUACGACGUCUGGAAUGCACUCGAGCUGGAAACCAGACUUACUCCAGCCGAAAUCCUAGAAGGACUUCACCAGAACGCGCGGGAUAUCGCACCUCAUGCGAUUCCGAGACGUUUCUGGGCCAAGACCCUGUUGGGCGUCAUUGGAAGAAGUGCGGCGGUCAAGUUAUGGGCUAAGUUACGUCCUGUUCCAAUCACGCAGGACAUGGUCUCUUUUGAAACAGCAUUUGCUGCUCUCUCUACGUCUUUCGAAUACACGCCUACGCAGAUAUCAUCCAGCUUAGAUGCCCUCGGUUCUCAGUGCCGUGCUUAUCUUUCAGAAAAGCAAUAUCCACUGGACCCAGAUGGAUUCAAUGAUAUUGAAUCACUCAAGAAUGUUUGCUUCGGUAUCUGUGAAUUUAUGAGCACUCAAGGUUUUGGACCCACAGGCAGCCUUUUUCAUGACAUAUACAACCACUUCCCUCACCGUUUCCUGAACUCAAACAAGAACAUUCCAUUCUCUUUGGUAUAUUGUUUUGUCUGCAUAGCCCGGAGACUAGGGAUAUGUGCAUCCCCCUGGAUUUUCCCACCAGAGUCAUUGCCAUCGUGAAGUCACCUAAUCCCGAAUUCGAUGAUUUAUUUUUAGACAUUUAUGGUUAUAAUUCCCAGUUCUUUCUUUCUUUGAAGGAAGACAUUCCAUCACGACUCAUUGCAGCAGGUGAAUCGACCGCCUCAAUCAUGCGGUAUGUUUCCCCUGCAUCAUCUGCUUCAAUGCUUCUCCGUGCAUCACGGAAUAUCCUGGCAUCACCCUCUUUUCCAUUCAUCAACGCUAUCUACACGGGAUUCAUUGUUAACCUCAUUUUUACGAAUGAUGACGGGAUGGUUAGCAAUAUAAUUCACCAAGUCACCGACUACAGCUUUCCUCUUGACAUUUGUGCUGUCUUGGUUGGUUCCCUGGCACCCUCUCUCAACUCAGCGACUCGUCAGCUCUUGAUCACACAUUGUGGUGAACUUCUUCGAAGCGAAGAGAAUGCUUCGACCUCAAUUAAACUACGUUCGCAACAGGUAAAAAACAUCAAGUUCUUUGUUGGAAUGAUGUUCAAGCAUAUAAAACUUGCCUAUGUCGGAUGUAUAAUUGGAUGGGCGCCGACUUGCAUGGCGUCUGAGGACUGGAUUAUACAGGGGGGUGUUGAUGCAUUUCCUCGAGGACGGCACCAACCUUUUUAUACAGUCAUCUUCGAUAACUCCACACGGUAUGUGGCCGAAGAAAAUAUAGGGCCGCACGUUUUGGACCGCACGAGUAUCAUGGAAUAUUUUUCCAAGUGUCCAAUGAUUGAAAGGUUUUUUGAAGGUGUGCGGUUGAGUGCCGAUGAAAAGGGGAGGGCGAGGUUGCUUCCGGCCCCUGAACUACAACUUGCUUAUCCGGAAGAUGAUCGUGUGGCAGAACAGUGGUUAAAAACAGGUAUCAUAGAGGACUAACACUGUAUGAUCUACGUAUCUUGUAUAUUUGCUUCUUAUUGUAAGAUUGUAGGCUUCCAACAACUCUGAUUUGUGACUCGAUGCGACUGGU